CUCACAGGUGAGCUCAGAUAGAGAAUGUGAUACCACGCUAGUCAAACGCAGUCACCCACCACCGCAUCAGUUUCUGCACGUGCUUUUGUUUGUUUGCGCCUUCCUUCCUGCCUUACCACUCUACGUUUCCUCAAUUCUAAACACCGCCAUUGCAUCUGCAACCUUCGACGCGCAGUCAUAUCGGUACGAUGGCAUACAUCAAUGCUGAGGUCUCCGGUGCGGUAUCAGAGAUUACCACCCGCAACAUGACUCAGUCUCCGCUUCUUCGUCUUCCGGGCGAGCUUCGCAACAAGAUCUUCGCUUACGCCGUGGGAGGCCACGUCAUCCUCGCCAAGCUGGUUACUCUAUACGAACCAAACUUCGCCGAACGACUUGAGUUCUGUCUCACCACCACCGUUCAGCCCAAGCCCCCCAAAGAACCGCGUAAUCGUGGCUACCAUGGUAGUCAUCACAUUUACAGCGGAGACUCAUUGGACGUAUUUCUCCCAGGCAAUACUUCCCAACGUGUUUCUCGUAUCUUCACCGUCGGCCGUGUAUGUCGUCAGAUAUAUACAGAGACAGCACUUCUCCAGUACAAGACCAACUGCUUCCACUUCGACGUGCCUGCAUUCAUCGACCUCUUCACCAAGCAACUUACCUUCGAUCAACGCCGUGCUAUCCCCCGCUAUCUCCAUUGGGGAUGGAUACUUAGUCCAGGAAUUUUGGGGCGGAAGAUCUACCUGGUACCAGAGAUUUUGGAGUGGACUGACGCUCCCACGUUUCGCGAUAAGCUCGUCAAGAAAGCGAGGAGCCUGUGCCUUGAUGUCAAGGAGAACGCGGGUCUCUGGGUUGGCGUCUUCGAUGUAUUCGAUGAGACUGCCGUCUUACAGGAUGCCUUUGGUUUCACCAUCAAGUCUGCCGCUGAUGAAGCAGAAGAGUCUCUAUCCUGGGCGAGAUGUGAGAUCUUCAUCUGGAAGAUUGUUUCCCGAACCUUUUGUUUUCGCACUUGAGCCAGAAUCAGAGUUAUACGGGGGAACGGGGGAAGGUUGCAUGAGCCUCCAUACCAAAUUCAACCAGGGACAACAGAUCAAGAUCACUAUCUUCACAUGCAAGUGACUGAUGCACCAGAAAUAAAUCUAAGCUAUCCAUUUUCCAGCUCACCCUCCAUGAAUGUAGAG